ACAUUUCUCUUCUUUCUCUACAGAUAGAAAAUGGGGAUGCUCUGUGUACACACUUCCUUCUUAAUUGUAAUAGUACUGACCUUUAUACCCUCGUGUGACACAUUCAAGCCCACUCAGAGGCCAAAGUACCAAUACACCAAGAAACCCCCUAGAGAGGUGGUCCAAACUACGGUAUAUGCAGCCAAGACUACAGUCACAGCACGGAUUGUGGACCACACCAAACCAAGAGAGCGCUUCCCUGCAUACAUCACAGAGAGCACAACAGUUCCUGCCGACAGCUAUAUAGACUACCCUACAGACACCACCGUAUCUCCCACUACAGCGAAAGACAAUUACACGCUAGACUACAAUGAAUGCUACUUCAACUUCUGUGAGUGCUGCCCUCCAGAGAAAGGCCCACAAGGGUUCAAAGGAGACAUAGGACUUCCAGGCAUACCUGGGGAAAAGGGAACACCUGGACCUAAAGGUCUACCAGGUCAAAUAGGGCCAAAGGGCCUUUCAGGAUCUAAAGGGGAUAAAGGAGAGAAAGGUGAUCAAGGAAACAUAGGAGUCACAGGACCUCCUGGCAACCAGGGAAAGGCCGGAAUGAAAGGUGAGAUGGGUAUUAAAGGUGAGAAGGGUGCAGCUGGACUGACAGGAUUCAAAGGUUCUAAAGGGGAAAAAGGAGAUCCAAAUCUGAAUGUGUCAAAAGGUGAUCAGGGAGAUCCAGGCAAAGAUGGACCACCAGGACCCCAAGGCAUGACUGGUGAAAAGGGUGAAAAAGGGGAUAGAGGAGAGUGCGGGUUACUAGGUGAGAGGGGCCAGAAAGGUGAGCAAGGUGACCCUGGACCACCAGGUAUGCGUGGAGACCCAGGUCCAUCUGGACAACAUGGCAUGCACGGAACUCCAGGCAUUGCCGGAGAACGUGGAGAACCAGGAAUUCCUGGAGCAAAGGGAGAGCCAGGAGCACGUGGGCCAACAGGAACCAAAGGUAUAAGAGGUCUGAGGGGAAUAAAGGGUGACCGCGGCCCCCAAGGGAAACGUGGAGACCGAGGCCUCCAGGGAAUGAAGGGUGCUAUGGGUCAAAGUGACUCAAGAGUACGUUCUGCUUUCAGCGUUGGCCUAUAUCCCAGCAAGUCUUUUCCUCCUUCGGGAUUUCCAGUUCGCUUCGACAAGAUCUUCUACAACGGAGAAAACCAUUAUGACAUUGUCACAAGCAAAUUCAACUGCACCUACUCGGGAGUUUAUGUGUUCUCCUACCAGAUCACGGUGAGAAACAAGCCACUUCGUGCUUCUUUGGUGGUGAAUGGCGUGCGUAAGGUACGUUCGAGGGACACUCUACAAGGUCAAGACAUUGACCAGGCAUCCAAUCUAGUGAUCCUGAAGCUAGAUGUCGGAGACCAGGUAUGGGUAGAGACGCUAAGAGACUGGAAUGGUGUCUACUCUAGCAGCGAGGAUGACAGCACCUUCUCUGGGUUCUUGCUCUACCCUGACUAACACCCUCUUCAUGUAUAAACCAGGGCUAGACCUUGAACUGAACAUUACAUGAUAUGGACAUGGGAGGAAUUAGAUUUAGUGUUGUUACCAUAGAGAGAAAGAAGUAUACUGUUUAAAUGAGCAUAAGCCAACACUAUUGAUUCCAUUGUGUUAACCACGCCAGAAAGGCUAAAUUGAUUUUGAAAUUAAAUGUCUUAUUUUGGGAAGAAAAAAAAACAUAUCCAGCAAAUUGUGCAGUUUGUACUUUAAGAGCGCUGUGGAUCUCUUUACAGGCUGUUUAGGACAUUCAGUAUAACUUAAAACUUUCUUACGAGAAAAUGAUUGUUUUCAAUUAGAUAAUUAGUCGAUUAAUUUGGCUUUAUUUACAGUUCAGAGAUCAGGCAUUUUGCCUGACAACAAAAAGUUUGACUGAAUAAUCCUAUACAUCACGUGCCAUUUCAGCUUCUUUUUAAUUAGUUACAUAUCUAUGAGCCUCUAAGACAGGGUUUAUUGUUUAUUUCACUCAACAUUUUCAAAGGAGGCAUAAACAGUUCAUUACUCACAGAUUCAACAACAUAAACAUGUAAUAUAUUGUAUGAAACUUAAAUCACAAUGUAGGCUUUGGGUUGUUGGGUUUCUGAGCACUUAAUAAUAAAAUCAAGCAAGGAA